GGCCACGGCGCCCGUCAUGGUUGUCUUCUCCACCUCACCGCUAACCGGCGCCCGGCGGUAAGCCACUCCCGCGAGGCCGCGAGCUCGCAUCUGCCUCGUUCCCACUUCCAUCCCACCCGCUGGUCCGUACCACGGUACCACACACAAGCCGCCGCGCCAGCCAUGGACGCCGUGCUACCUUCCCUCCUCAUCGGCGGCGGACUCUCCGUGUCCGUCUCCAUUCCCACCGCCACCAAAGCCGGCAGCCAAUCCAUUUCAGUCCCCCACCUCUCGACCUCCGCCCUCCGUUCAACCCCUCGCCGUCGGGGCCGACGGCGUUUGACCCUCCUCGCCUCAUCUUCGCAGUUGCCUCCCACGCCACUUUCCGCCGCUUCGACUGAGAGCCAGUCGCGUUCCUCCAGGUGGGUGGUUGUGAUGGAUACGCCCUCUGCCGCCGCGGGAGGCAGCAGGGUGUCCCGCGCAGACGCCGUGGAUUACUACGCAGCCACACUGGCCCAGGUCGUGGGAAGUGAGAAGGAGGCGCAGAUGCGCAUAUAUGAGGCUUCGUGGGAUGGGGCCUACGAGUUCCGCUGCGAGAUCGACGAAGAUGCAUCGAAGGAGCUUGCAAAGAUGCCUGGAGUGCUAUCUGUUCAGCCAGAUAUGGAUAACAAAUCAGAGAAGGGUAAUCACAGCUUGAGUCUCUCGACAUCUAACCUUGUAAGCAUUAGUGAUAGUGCUUCUACAUCUUCAAGUGGGAAAAAUGAGUUUUGGCUUGUCCGAAUGGAGAAGCCCGGAGUUGAAGUCGUGACGAAGGCCCAAAUGGUGGAUCACUAUACCCAAAUCCUUAUGAAAGUGUUGGGGAACGAACAGGAUGCCCAAGUUAGCAUAUAUCACAUUUCAUGGGAGAGGGAUUAUGGUUUCUGCUGUCAUAUAGAUGAAGAAUGCGCAAAAGAGUUAGCUGAUGUUCCUGGAGUGUUAUCUGUUCAACCUGAUAUGAACUUUGGAUCAGACAACAAAGAGUACAAAGUUUCAGGUGAUGAUGGCUUGAAAUCAUCUGAAGGGACUGUAGCAGCCGAUAUCAAAACUAAAAGGCUCUUUGUUACAGGGCUUUCAUUUUAUACAUCUGAGAAAACUUUGCGGGCAGCAUUUGAGCCUUUCGGUGAGCUCGUCGAAGUGAAGAUAAUUAUGGACAGGAUAUCAAAAAGAUCAAAAGGUUAUGCCUUCAUAGAAUACACUACUGAGGAAGCUGGAGGUGCUGCUCUAAAAGCAAUGAAUGGACAGAUAAUAAACGGCUGGAUGAUAGUUGUUGAUGUUGCUAAAACUAGAUCGAGAGACCGUCUAUCUGGUGGAUCUAAUCAAGCAUUUCGACCACACUAUCAGGCUAGAUGACUGUUUAAUGUAUAAAACUUACAGCUGUAGAGUAGAGAUAAGCACGGGAGCGAGGAAUUGCUUGGGGGAUGUCGUUGUCUGAUUGUAGUUCAGUGCCCUUGUCUGCUAAUUGCUAGAGAAUACUCCCAGCACAAUAUGUAAAUGCAGCUAAAGUGUACGAUUACUUACUAACAUAUACUUCAAUUAAGUCAUUCUCAGAUA